AGUUUACAAGCAAUGGUGGAAGAAAUUGUGCAUAAACCAUGAUGUCCAUUGCAUGUUACGUAUUGCUAUUCUGUUUACAUUUUGUUCAUUCAAAAGCUGGACUCGGGGUAGGAGUCUGCGGCCGAGAUCCUUUGAGAUGCUGUGUGAAUUAUCGACAGGAGUAUACAUUCUGCAAUCCUUGUGAUGAAGGUACCUAUGGACACAAUUGCUCUGGAGGACGGUGUGUUUAUGGAUCGUAUGGAUUUGGGUGUUUAAAGAAGUGUAACUGUUCACGUGAUCAGUUUUGCGACGCAAGUAUAGGAUGCUCAUAUAAUAUCAGCGGCGAAACGAAAGCAAGUGCAGAUGAUACAAAGCUUUUCGAAGACCGGAGCAGAUCAGACAUUUGGAUUGCAGUAUUAGCCGGAUCACUAACAAGCUUAGGAUCUCUUGUCAUCUUAUUUUGGAUAUUAUUAGUAAAGGAAAGGAAAAACAAACUGCUAAAUGUUACAAAGUCCUCAACAAAUCAUGAAAACGCCAAUGUCGAUUUCGAAGCAGAUGAUUACGAAAACAUCAGGGACUCUCAUUUGGUGCUGAACUGUGGUGGCGCCUGUGGAGGUCAAAAGACACUAGACAGGGUUAGCUAUGCAAAGACACAGACAUUGUCCAAUCCAUACAAUAAGCUGAGCUUCAACAGAUGCAAAAGCGGUACAGAGAACGAUAGGCACGGUCAACUGUACGACAUUUCUAGCGAAACUCCCUCGCAAAAUUUUGACGUAGGAGAAUAUGUGGCUGUUGCGUCUGAAAAAGUUGUCUCCAAGGAAUUGAGUGUUGGGUGUUGGGAUAGUGACAAUAAGGAAAUUAACAAUGCUUGUUAUGUCAACAUUGAUUACGGGCAGGACAAUUCGGAGAAACCAGAUUCCAUAUACCCGUUAUCGAAAACGGAGGUCCGGCGGGAAAAACCUAAAAUAAAACCAAAACCUGCAAAUCUUCACGUGACGAAGACAACGAGAACGAAACAUACGUCAAAUACGAACAGACCUUACAGUGUGGCAAAUCGAAUAGAUUAAACUCAUUAUGUUAAUAUUCUUAAGACAUUGUAUAAAAGUAUUGAGUGUGAAAUGUAAUAAGAAUUAAGGAAGUUCAACGUAACUGUCACAUGACAGAAAAACAAGUACGGAAACGCUCUUAAAUAGUUCUAGGUAAUUGACUAUGCAGAGGAAAUUGAGAUUGUUGGUCUUAAAUGUUAUAACAAGUGCUCAAUUUGGAUCAUCAAAUCUUUGUUACAAAUAUGGCUCUUGCAGCUGUAAUAGAGGGAGGUGUCUUUGUACUCUGAACUCACACCAAUGAUCAGUAUACGAAACAAGGAUUAUUCUAAAUUAUUUUGAGAGAAAAGAGUCAAAGAUCAUGGCAACAGGAAAAUGCAUAUUAGGAAAUUGUUAAAGUAGACUAUACUCGGCCUACGUCACAAUCAAAUGUAAAUGAGGAACCACUCUUCCGUUUUCCGAAAUGUAAUAUUUUAACGAUAUCUAUUUGAUUUUUAGAUGGCGAUACGAGAUAUGAAUAUCCGAUAUCAAUUCCUUCCUGGGUGUUCUUAUCUUCUUAUCAGUCAAAUUUUAAGUUGAGAUUUUGUGGUAUUUUAAGAGGGGUAGAUAGAGAUGAUUAAAAAAACGGUUAGAGAACAAACAACAUUUUGGUGGAUGAGGGUGUGUCAAUUACAUCGUACAUGUCCGUGAGGCAUUCAGUGUACAUUGACUAUUCAUGUAUAUGUAAAAGGUUUACUAUGAUCCAAAUGUUCAACAUAUGGAAUUGUGGGGCAUCAGAAAGUGGGGGAGACAGAUGGGAAAGGAGGAGGUCAGACCAAUUCAGAUUUCCACGAGCAUCAUGAUAAUAUUUCUUUUGUGAGGAUCCGGGUUAGAAUAGGUUCCAAAUUAUCAUCAACGAAUAUGGUACGCUCGUGUAAAAAAGAAAAGUUCACAUUUUGCUGCUCCAGUGACCACAUAUAUCGUAGUUGUGUUCGCUGCUACAAUGUUACAGAUAUUGACGCAAGCUUCAAAGAUCAGCUGCAAAUAAUUUGUUGUAUAUUUCACCGACCGUCAUGAAUUUGUCAUUUUUUUCCUCAUCCUCUAUCCUUUUUUCAAAAUUAUUGGGGCGGCAUCUAUUAGUUCCUUAUUGAGAUUGCAUCUACUUAGACCGGCGUAAGUGGUGUACGUGUACAUGAGCAUACAUCCAAUUUAUGUACAUGUAGAUGAUUUCAUGACCUGUAGAGAUUCAUACUUUGUCUCAGGAUAUAUGUAACAUAUAUCACACAUUACACGUAUGCAUUAAUCAUAUAAGCAAAAUCAUCAAAAUUCAGUUUGUUACUUUCGUUUUACAUUUACAUUGUGCAAAGCCUUCUCUAGAAUAUUUAUUUCAGAUAAAAUGUAAAAUUUAAUUGUAAACCACCUGUAUCUUAUAAUAGUUAUAGUUUAGCAUAGUUCAAAUUAUUAUCCAAGGUUGUAAAUAUGCUCAAACUUCACAUGUCAUACGAAGGUAUGAUAAUGUAUGAUUUUUCCAGAUUGGGGGGGGGGGGGGGGGCGAGGAGUGUACUUGUAGAGCUGAUAGUUUCUAAAAUAAUACGUCAACAUAUGAUUUUCUUACUCAAAUCCUUAUUCUAAUAUAAAAAUCUGUAAAAUAAAAACAAUUAAUUCAAGGUUUAGUCCAUAGAAAUUAAGGAAAAGACCAAUAUUGAUGGCAAAAGGUAUUUCCUACAGUAUUUCUUUUAACAUGUUUGGGCUCAAAAAGUAUACAUUAUGAAAAUAUAUUAAUUCUAAUUUAUUAGAAUAAAUGAUUACAUAUCAUUAAAUAAAGGGUAUAUAGUCUAUGUUGCUUAUUACAGUCAAUUUGUUUGGGAAAAUAAUAAUUAUUAAGAAAAAUAAAGAAGUAGGAGUGAAUUUUCCUUAAUGUUGAUGGGGUGCUUACUUUUGAGAAGGAAUAACAAUGACAAUAGCAUGUCAACAUAUAUAUUUUUCAAUGUCCAUCUAUUACUGGAAUAUAUAUUUAUCUUGUAAAGGCAAUUUUUUCAUGAUUGAGUCCAUUUAAGGCCGAGUAUAGAUCUACCUUUUAAGUCGUUUUAAAAGUUAUGUCAGAGCAUUUAAUUUUAGUAUGUAACAAUUGUUAAACUUUUAACAUCAGUGAGUACAUAGAACAAUGUAGGGGCGAGAUGAAAAGUUCAAUGUCUGACUAAAAACUAAAUUCACAUAGUUCUCACCAAGACAUCCCCUUUUAAAACUAAACAUGAUGAAUGUUGAACAUAAUCGAUUAACAAGUACAAACAUACGAUUAUAAAUAACACUCUAUAUACCUUUACUACUGUUAAUUCAGAAGUGAAGGUGUACAUUAAAACUAUUAAAUAUUCAUUAAAAUGUAAUAUUAUUAUGUAGUUUUUAACAGUCGCUUGUCUUUUUUCUUUUUCACUAAAGUGUAGUCGGUGUCGGAUGUCAGAUUUUACCCCCUCCCCAUAACUAUUUGAAUGUAGAUUUUUAUCCGACAUCUAUCUUUUGAUCUCGCCCCUUAAUAUAAUGUGAUCUGUGAAAAUACACUAAUAAAUAGUCUCCGUGGUGU